AUGACAUCUACGGGCUACCAUUGUGGGUUUCCGGGUUGCAACGCGGGAUAUCAACGGAAAGGGCACCUUCGUCGCCACGAGGCCCAACAUAGAGAGGGUCGGGCUCUACAGUGCUCAACAUGCACCCAAGUAUUCCAUAGACGUGACACACUGCGACGACAUGUUCAAACAGUGCACGGCAUAGCGGAGCCUGCGGCGCAGCUGAAACAAGCGUGUACGCACUGUCGCAAUCAAAAGAUUCGGUGCGACGGCGGGCCACCGUGUACCAAUUGCCAGCGUCGCGGAAUCCAGUGCUCACUUGCGCGGCAGGCGGAAGUGGUACAGCCAGGUCCUUCUCCCAAUAAUGCGCUAGACACACGAUGGACGAGGCAGGGAUUUCUUCGCCUGCCACCCAGAAUGCGCCGAUCAGAAAUUGAAGACCGCUUUGUUGGCAGGUAUUUUGACUUGUUUCACCCGCACUGGCCGUUCAUUCAUCAGGGCACAUUUACCGAGUAUGAGACGCCAUUACUGAUUCAGUCGAUGGUUGUUAUUGGGAUGUGGAUGACCGACGAGGAGGAGACACGAUGUCAGGCGAUUAAUCUGCAUAAGGUGCUUGGUGACGCCAUACGUCAGCAAACGGAACAUUGGGAUGGCUCCCUCUCAGAGGCGCCAUGCGCUUCCUCCUCAUGGCCCAUCCCAACAUACCAAGCCAUCCUGCUACACAUAAUAUCCGCCGGGAUGAUCAGAGGCAGUGGGAGCCUCCUUCCAGACCUAAAGCCUUCUCUUACGGCCCCGGAUGCGGAUCUACUUCAAAGGUUCGUUGCGAGUUGUAAAAAGCUCGGAAUGUUUUACUAUCCAAAUAUUCUCGCCCGCCAUCCCAAGAACCAGCCGGCUGCCUAUAUCUGGGUUAGCAUUGAGGAGAUCAAACGGUUCAACCUGACUCUGUUUAAAGUCUGCAAAUCGUUCAGUGGAUUAAGUAGGCAGAGGAGAGAUCUAGAUGGCCUCAUCGACGACAGAGAGAAAACAGUAAGUUGGGGUCUGUCAGCACGCGAUUUGCAAUUCCCGUUGCCGAGGAAUGCGCCAUUGUGGAACGCUCUAAAUCCUGAAGAAUGGUUCGCUGCGGAUACAGAGAAUGUGUACCGGCAUGGCCCGGGUGAUAUUUUAGAACAGGCUUGGAUCUCGUGGUCCGCGGAUGUAUUGGAUGAUUUAACUGAAAGUUGA